AUGAUUGGUCAUUUAACAGGUUUUUUGGCAUUAGUUAAGAAAGAAAACCCGGAUAUUAUUUUCACUCACUGCUUCAUACAUAGAGAAGCUCUUGUUGCUAAAUCUUUGAUGCCUGAGCUCAAUGAAGUAUUGAAAACUAUUGUCAAAAUGGUAAACUUCAUUAAAAGUAAACCUUUGAAAUCAAGAUUAUUUAAUCAUUUGUGUUCUGCUAUGGAUAGUGAGCACACCCAGCUUUUGUUUCACACAGAAGUAAGAUGGCUAUCUCGUUGACGUGUCCUACAAAGAUUUUAUGAACUUAGAGAAGAGUUAUUAUUGUUUUUUACUUGUGAAGAAUCAAAAUAUGCUGAUUUUCUCAGUGAUGAUUCCUGGUGUGCCAAAGUAGCCUUUCUAGCAGAUAUAUUUGAAAAACUGAAUUACUUAAACAAGAGCAUGCAAGGAAAGCAAGAGAACAUUUUAACAUAUACAGAUAAAAUCAGUUCUUUUCAAGAGAAGUUGUUACUAUGGAUUUCAAAAAUUGAAAAACAGACAAAUUGGGAUAUGUUCGAUCUUGUCAAGAACUGUCACGUUAAUUCAGAUCUUACAAACUUAAUUUUAAAAAGUCUACAUUUGCUUUAUGAAAAUAUAAAAAAGUAUUUUCCGUCUUUGGAUGUCUCAUCGAUGGACUGGGUGAGAAAUCCUUUCAUUGACUCAGCAUAUGAGACUGCAUUGUUUACCACUGAUGAAGAAAGUGAAUUGAUUGAUUUAAAAAAUGACCGUGGUCUAAGCUACAGUAUUCUAAAUUAGUUGAAGAUACUGCGAGAAAGUUAAAAAAAAUAAAAAUAAAUGUAGAUGUCUCAUCUUUUUGGAUAAAUCUAUUGCAAGAGUAUCCCAAGAUUUCAAGAAAAGCUAUGAAUGCGAUACUGCCUUUUUCUACAUCCUAUAUUUGUGAAACAGCAUUCUCUUCAAUGAAUGCCAUCAAAACUAAAAAUCAAUCACAACUGAAGAACUUGGAAGACGACAUGAGGGUGUGCUUAUCAACCAUUCGACCACGAAGGAACCUAAUAAUGAAGAGAAAACAGUCCCAAAUUUCUCACUAA